GUCUGGCGUUGUGCGCGAAAUUGUGAGGUCGUCGUCGUAGUCGUUAUCGUCAUCGUCUUCGUUGAUAUUUUUGGUGUGCGUGCGAAAUUAUUUUGUAGUGAAUUUUCGAAGAAACAACAAAAAAGCGAUUAGAGUGAAAUUAAAUCGAGGCUUAGACCAAAAAUAGUGUGUUGUUUGGAAAGGCGUAUAAAAUUUAGCGCUUACAUUUAAGGCAUUGGUUUUGGACAAGUUAACAGUGAAAAAUUUGAAAUACUAGAAAAAAAUCCUUGAAAGUGAAUUUUUCGAAAAUCUCAUACAACGCUUAAAAGUGUAGAUUUUUAAUGCAGUUUAUCAAUAUUUUUUUUGUCUAAAUUAACAUCUCGAUUCUUUAACGAUUUUUAUGUUAAUGAUUACCGCUGCUGUGUAAGCCUUAGUGAUGAUAAUUAUCGCAUUUAUAUGUAGAGAGUAGUGUCUCAAUUAAUUACGGUGAAAUUUCAAAGUGAAUUCUGAUAAGCUUCCUUGCAACCACACAUUGCAAACUGUAAAAUGAUUUCUAUGUGAAGUGAUCCAGUGAAGAGACAAAAAAAUGUGUGAACAUCGUCUCUCUCUUGUGAUAAUUUGCAAGUCUGCUGUUGAUAUUCUGUGAGAUCCCCACUAACUGUCGCUUUUCGGAUGUGUGUGUGUAUGCAUUUUCCAACAGUUUAAAGUGGAAAAAACAACAAAUUUUCAAUAAAAAUAUUUGAAUAAUUGAUAUGAGCAAUAUUAGUAAAGAAAAUUGAAACUAAUUAAUUGAGAAAACAAUGAAAUGAGCAGUUUGCACGCGGAAAAAAAUCGAAAAAGUGUUUGUAAAAAUGAAAAUAAAUGUUAGAAAUUGUUCAAAUGUAUGAAUAUUACUAAAAUUGUAUCUGUAAAUGCAACGGCUGAAACCUACUUUGAAAAAAUAAAAAAUAAAAAUUGUGUACAGAACAUUACUGUGCCAAAAAAGGCAUAUAAAACAUAUAAAAAAUAAUUAGUGAAAAAAACUAAAACUAAUUAUUUUGAGUGGUGUUUAAAAAAAAAAAUUCUGCGACAAAAAUAAUAAUGUUUAGAAGGCGUAUUCGUGUAUCAGCUGCAUUUCUAUUGCAGGAAAAUUUAUAAGAUAAAAGCAGCAAUGAACUAAAUGUGUCACGUGCAUGCAAUUGUGUAAUGUUCUAAACAAUUUGGAAGCAAAAAAACAAAAAACAAUAGCAAUUGCAACAACAUCAACAAAACGGGGAUCCAAAAACUAACAACCACUCAAACAAGAAAAGAGAUGGAAUAGGAACAAGACAAUGUAAUUAAAUGUGAGACUCAACUGAAGCUCUAAGGCAUUCAAAAAAUAUUUUAACGGCACUAAAGGCAUAAUUGAAUGUAAUCAACCCCUCCGCACCAGUUAGCCAAGCAACAAGAGUCAUAUACACAACGGUUUGCCGGCCUGCCUCUCUGCUUUUUACAUUGUGUGGCUACUCAGCACAUUGUUGUGUAGUGCUCAGCACUCACAAAGCCACUCGCUCACCAAUCAAACCAGCCAAGCCAGCGAGCAAGCAAGCAAAAUCAUUCAGUUAACCAGCUAACUGACUGGCUCUUGGCAUUUGUUGCUUUGGUUUCAUUUUAUUUGAACGUCGCCGUUGCCGUCGCAGUCAACGAUUUUACAACAAACGCACCUAACUACAUGCAUACAUACAUAUACACAAAUGUCGUUGGUUGAUUGUGUCGAUGACGAUGACGCCCGAACGUUGGGAUUGACUGACUGAGUCACAGCGGCAGUUCAUGCCUUCACUGUUUAUAGCGGAGUGUUGCUUACAAGCGUGCUAUUGUUGUUGCUGUGAGUUUUGUUUGGAGCAGACACACACACACAUACAACGAACUGUGUGGAGCUUUGCAUGAGGCUAGCGCUGACGUUGGCCGGCAGUUGCAUUCGACGCGCCAACGGAACGGGUCGCGUCUACAGUCUACGUGAGUCUGGCACGGCGAGUGUUAGCUAGCACGCGUGUUGUUAAGGUCGUCAACGCGAAUUUUUCCGCUUAGCGAUUCACCUAUAGUCACGUAUAUAUAAAUACAUAUGUAUAUAUACAAUAUAGGUGUUUUUGUAGCUACGUCGGUUGCCGUUUGUCGUCAGCAGCAGCGUUGUCUACGCCGUCAUUAGCGGUUUGUGUGUGUAUGUUCGCGCAGUGCUUUUGGGCUGUAGAUCAUGCCAAAUACGGGCCGGCAGUUGACAGGCUAGCACAGUGUCAAUUAGAAUAGAACCAAGUGACAACGAGUGCUGCUUGGUUGGCCAAAAACGGGCGUGUAAAUAACCCAAAAAGCGCAGGCAAAGCAAACGCAAGCAAAAGCUGCAAAAAAUGCAUAGAAGUGUGAAAACUACAAAAAAUGUGAUUUUCCUAAGGAUUUCGAAGUGCCCACGAGAAAAUAUAAAAAAAAAUAAUUUCUAAGUGAAACGCGUAUAAAGCAAAUUCAGGCAAGCAAGUGCAGUGAAGUUGGCAGCAACAACAAUAAUAAAGUGUAGUGCGUACAACAUUCCAGUAGCUAAGCAGAAGCAGAGCUGAAAAAGUAUUGAAAAAAGUAAAAAAAAAAUUCAAAAAUUAAAAAAAGUAAAAUAAAACCGCAUUCACUGUGUGCGUGUGUCGGUGUGCGAUCAUUUCAUUGUGCUGUGCGCAGGCGUGCACGCCCUACCCUUACGGCAGCUGCUCCCAGUAAGCAACAACAACAACUUCUACUACAACAAAACAAUAAAAGCAAAUUAAAAGUGUUGUUGUUGUGUGUUUCCUCGUAGUUAACGAAUUCAUUUCAAUUUUUUUUGUGUUUGCUGUUAUUGUGAUUUUUUUGCGCGCGCGCUCAAAUCGCUUUGUUGCCUAGCGAAAUGACUGAUUCCAUGAAAUUAUCCGAAAUGCAACGCAGUAGUAUCGAAUUCGAACGUCAACGACACUUGGCCAACUGGUUUAUCAAGAGUAGCCCGCACAUGGCAACACCAACGACUGUCGGCAGCGUUGCAACCACAGCAACAACAACGGCAACAGCAGCUGGUGCCACAACAGAUACGACAACUACGAGCGCCGUAGCAGCAGCAGCAGCAACAACAAUAAAAAAUACAGCGUCAUCAACAACAAAUCUAGUAGGUGGCAACCAUACAAAUGGCAUGUCGUCGUCGUCAGCCGCCGCACAUCAUCAACAACAGCAACUGAGUGCUAAGCAUCACAGCAGUUGUGGUGGCGGCGGCACCAGCGCUAAUCCACCGCCUCCUGUCUUUUUCUUAGUCUCCAACAAUGGCAACACAAACGGCAAUCUUGUCAAUGGCAGCAAGCACAGCAGCAAUGCGUCACCGGCUGCUACAGGUGUUGCUACGCCGCCCAAUGCGAUAAGUGCUGUCUCCGGCGGUCCGUUAGGCCAUUUCGGGGCGGUCGAGGGACGCAAACCGAAAUUGCGACGCUUCAACUCGCACGACACCAGCGCUAACAUGUUCUCCGUGGCGGACUUUGAGAAUGCACGUCUGGCGCGACGCAAUGAAAUCGAAAUGAAGCAGCGUUUGGCACGACGCAUGCGCAUGAGUGCCGGCGGUGGCGGUUAUGGCUCUGCGGCCGUUGGCGGUAUGGGCGCGAACUUGGCCGGUGGCAAUGGUUGCGGACUGGGUGCUAAUGGCAAUGGCAGCGGUGCGGGCAAUUGUGGCAAUGGCAGCAUGUGUGGUGGUGGCGAUUACUCCACCGGCGACAGUAAAGCAUCCAAGUACAGCAAUGAGUCGCAGCACGAGCCUCUACCCGCGGACAUCUUUCUCGAUCGGUAUUCGUUGCCGCGCGUAGUGCGUAUCUCGUACAAGACGAAGUUCUCCGACGAAACGCUGCAGUCCUCUUCUUCGAAUGGCUCGUCCACGGCCACAACACACACCACCGGCACCAGCGCCUCGAACUCGUCGGUCAGCGCUUUUGGCAUGACGGUGGCCAUUAACACCGGUACCUCCUCAUCGACGGCCUCCUCAAGCGGCAAUGUGAAUGCGCACAGCUCGGGUGCUACGAAUACGAGCAGCAGUGGUGAAAGAGUGACCACCAAGCACUCCACCUCGCAUAACACAACAGUUUCGACAUCGACUGCAGCAGCAGCGGCGUCGUCGGCAACUCAGUCAAAUACAGCAAUUAACGGUAAUGGCAACGCCGAUGCGGAUCAUCGCGAUCACGCCGAUCAUGGCGAGCUGUUUUUGCUUUAUCGGCUAAUACGCCAGCGUCACAUUUUUCACGGGCAUAAUGCCAAAACGGCGGCAGCGAGCCGCAAGAAAGGUGUGCUGAUUCCGCAAGAGUUUCCAGGCUACUUUUCGCUGCUCAAUGACAAGGGUAUACCCACAGCGACGCUCUACACCUCACUGAUACAGUUGGUGCGCGAACGUGUUUACAAAUUCGUCUCAGUCGACAAUAUGCCCGCCUUCACGGAAUCCCAACCCAACGUAAAUAACCCACCCACAGAGGGUUGCAUACCAAUAUAUACCCAACCACCGCCACCACCGACCAACAAUCGCCCACAGUAUGUGAAGACGACAGCGCGAGGUGGUCAAGUCUUUCGACUGCUAGCCGUUUUCGAAGAUGGCAAGCAGGAUCACACGACAAUCGGUUGUACCGGUGGUGUUACAACAAAAGCGAAUAACAAUCAUGGUCGGGAGAAAGAGAAGGGACGUUAUGCUCAAUUGCUGAAUGAGAACCGACAGGUGUUGUAUGUGUCGCUCUCUACAAAGGGCAAAUUUUACGAGAUCGAACCGGGUAUACCACAAAUACUGCAGAAACUCGGUGGCAUCGGCAAUGAGGCGAAUAAGAAAGUCAAUCCGGAUUGUGUGCAUCGCAUUACGACGCUGAUAACGCCACAACGGGAGUUACCGUUAACGCUACGUUACAUCUCCGGACCGCAUGGCUGUAGUAGCGCGAUACCCGAGAAUGUUUGCAUUACGCACAUAACCACUGAGAAUGUGGUGAUCGCCUGUCCCAUCGAGGAUGUGGAAGUGCAAAGUCCACUGCAUUUACGUAAGCUGCAUCUAUCCAAAGAGAUGAAUUUGUUGAAGAGUUCACUGGGUUUCGAGAGUGAACAACGCAUGCUGGCAAAUCCCAAUGUGCAAAAUAUAUUGAAGUUUUGUCAAUUCAAUUGUGAUCAGUUUUUGAAGAUGGUUGAGGUGGAGAUACUGCACCGUCCGGAGCGUUCUGGUUCGAAGAGUCGUGGUGAAGGUUUGAAAAUUUUGAAACCACUACAUCUACCAAAGCUGCUGCGACGUGAGAAGACCACAAUACCGGCGCAUGAGAAGGAAGACUCCAUAAUCUUCCUCAGCAAAUCGGAUCUCGCUAAUCUGGAAGCAAAAGAAGCAGCCGCGCAAGCAGCCUUUGAAAGCGCAGCAAGCAGCACCAACCGCAUUAGUGAUAAGAUGAAAGUUUUUCAGUCGACAAAGAAGAAAUGGUUCCGCAAACAGGACAAACAUGCAGCGCACACAAUGACCUCCUACGAACUGGAUGUGCAGGCGAAACGCAUGAGCAUGGAACGCUAUUCAGAUAUGUCGAAGUUGUUACAGGAACGUUUCGGCGAUAAACCAAAUACGCAGCCACAAGACGCGCAUGAAUCAAUUUCGGAACCGAGUGGCGGCGCAUCGGAUAUCGGUUGUUCUGAUACGGAGACCACAACUUUGGCGACUAUCGAUGAACAAUUCAAGAAAGUCGAAACGAGCGGCAAUAAAAUGAUAACCAAAUCCAUGUCGCUACAGGAUAUUGAGCUUAUUAGCGGCGGCGCCGCUGCACGCAAACCUGAUUUGCUACCAAACACCGAUACCAUCUCAGAGGCGGGCACCGAUCUUGAAGAUCUCGAGAAUCAGGACCUCAUGCCACAGUCUUUUAUAACCGAAAAGCUUUAUAAUGAGUUCCACGUCAAAACGCGGCAGUACAGCAAAUCCUCCUCGAGCCUGCAUCAACUCUUGAAUUUUUCAUUACCACAAAAAAUGCAGUUACACGACAACAAGCGUUCGCUGGCGCAACUGAAGCACAAUGGCAACAACGGCAUCUUAGCAGCAAAACCAACGCUAGGGGACAAACGACUUGAUUUUAAUAUCGGCGAACCCGUAACUGGCAGACGUGCCGCUGGCGGGCUCUCACUGCUUGCCGGCAACGGUGGUCUGGGCCAUUCAAGCAAUCACACUGCGCUCGCCUCACCGCUAACACCCACCAGCCUAAUUGACGACCUGCCCUACUCGAGCGUACGCGAUUCGCUGGUGCUCUCAAGCGACGAAUCGGCAUCGGAGAAUCCAGCCGGCAACAUUUGUCAGGCACUCAACAUGAUCGACUACAACAAAGAGAAUAUCUAUGCAGAGAUAUGUCAUGAUAAUGUUAGCCACAAUGCAACAGCCACAGCUGGCACCACGGUCUCGGCUAUGGGCGGGAUUUGCACAUCAGCCACGCGUGACACUUUUUCGGCUGAAACACACUCCACGCAGAUCUCGGACGAUUACGGUGAUUAUGCAUCGCUGACAUACACCACGAUCGCACCGCCGUUCAACGGUAGUGCACGCAGCGCGAGCAUUGCCAGCGUUAUUAGCAAGUCGACAAGCGGUCAAACUGUGGUCAGCGCAAUAGCGCCACCAGCAGGCCUGGCGAUCAGUCGCGUACAAAUCAAUUGCAACUCCGUCAGUCCGGUGAGCUAUCACACGGUAUAUUUGGGCGACGAGCCGUUGCACAACGACAAACAACGCGAACGCGCGGCAAGGCGUGGCAAAGUGGGCAGCAAGAGCCACGCGCAUGUCACUACAGUGGCGCUGGAGGGCAACUCGGCAACGGCCAAUGAUAUGCACAACAACAGUAGCAGCAAUGGCGGUAGUAUUGGCGCUACAGCGGCGAGCAUUGCAAACGAACUGGAGGAGGUGGCUGACAAUAUUUACAAUACACUGAAAUGAUGACUAAUGUGAUUUAGUUGGAAAUUGGGUGCAUCGGUGUUGAGCAUGAUAAGCAACGGCAAGGGGUUCUAUUGAGCCAUCGCGGCGUUGCCAACACACUUGCUCAGGAGCAAUUCGAACUGAGUGCGUGAGAACUAGUGAUUAAAUCUAAUUUAAUAUUAAACUACGAUUCGAACUGCUCGAAAGAGGAAACAGAUAUGUGAUGUUUAGGGUUUUCUAAGCGAUAAUGAUAAAGGUGCGUUUAGAAGGUAUUUUUUUUUUUAAAUAUUGAAGAUACAUACAUAUUGAUAUGGCUUUAGCUUAGUGUGGAUGGCAUGGGAUUUUGUAUUUAAUUGAGUGUAAUAUAUAUAGAAUAUAUAUCAGUAAAAUAUAGUUUUAACCGAGCGGAACUCAAAGACAUGUAAAGGUUCGAAAUUUAAAUACAUUAAGUCACAUUUGUCAGCAAAAUAUAUUCAGAAAGCUUGUGAGAGUGACUUCGUGUAAUCCAAAAAGACGCAAAUUAUUAUGUUGAGAAUGAAAUGAAUAGAUAAAUGUGCUAUAAUCUAGAUCAACUUUCAGUUAGGAAAGUGGGAGAUUGACAAAUAUUAAUUGCUUUUCAACAAAAAUAUGUUUUUCAUGUUUUUAAAGUCCUACUCUCUCCGGCUCUAUUUGUUACAAUAAUACCCUAUUGGAAAACACUCUUGAUUUGUAGUUAUUUCGUAAACAUUUCUCUCUCUAACAUAACUUGAACAGUAUGAAACCACAUAUUUCUUAAUUUCAAAAAGCUCAAGUGGAAAUUUACUGGUAGUUUUAAUCCUCUACACCUUUCACAAAGCGAGAGAGACACAUUUAAGACACUCACGAAUGUCGCUCUCGAAGUUUUCUGGUUUGUUUUAACUCUCAUUUAUAAAUGAUGAAUUACGUACUUUUAAACAGUAUUGCAUAUGGGAAAAUAAAAUAAACAAAAGCUUCAUUAUUUACAAUAACAACAAAACAAUAACAGUAAAUACACAAACAAUCUAUGGGUAAUUUAAACGAAAAUCAAAAUGAGUCGCGCAAAUUAGUAUUAACAAAAAUUCAAUACAAAUUUAGUAUUAAGCUUGCUGCAGUAUAGGCACCAAAACGCAUUUAAAUAAAACACCUAAAUUGAAAGCAUUAAUAAAUAUUAGUAACUGUGAAAUUAGAAGUACAUAGGCAAUCAUAUAAAUAGCAAAUCGGUAAACUAAAUUGUAUACGACGAAAAAUUUGGUUGAUUAAUCUCGAUUUAAUAUCAGAUCAAACGUCUUAUAUAAGAUUAAUUUCAUAUUAAUCGAGUAUUCUAAAAUUAAUCUCAGAUUGAAAGCUAAACGAAUAUUAAUUUCAAAUUAAACGAUUAAUGUAAGAUUAAUUUUAGUUUAGUCGAGUAAUCUAAGAUUAAUUUUUUGUUAAUCAUUUAAUCUAGCAUUAAUUCUGGAUUAGUCGCCUUAUCUAAGAUUAAAUUUAGUUAAAUCGACUAGUCCAGGAUUAAUUUCAGAUUAAACGAAUAAUCUAAGAAUAUUUUGAAAUUAAUCGUCUUUACAUUAAUCGACUAAUCUGAGAUUAAUUUCUUGUUAAUUGUUUAAUCUAAGAUUAAUUCCAGAUUAACCGACUAGUCUAAAAUGAGUUUUAGAUUAAGCGACUAACUCAAAUUUAAUUUUAUAUAUCUUAUAUAGUCGAUUAAUCGAAAAAAUACACCGAUCGGUUAAUUAGCUCCAUUUGUCGCGUUAGUCAAAAAUUUUCCGUAGAACAAUUUUCAACACUUUAUUAAAAUAAAUAAAUUAGACAAUUAAAAUCGUUAAACCGAAAGUCGCAUAAUUAAUCACUAUCACAAUUUAUAGAUUACUCACCACAUGGAAAAACACUCGUCUUCACUAAAUCACUAACAUAUGAACUUCAUUUGUAAUAAAUUACAGGCAUAUAUUUACUUCAAGAACAAAUAAUUCGAAACCACAAUCAACUUCACCUUAUGUACAUUGUAAAUACAAAAACAUACUAAUUUGUAGCAGAGCAAAUAUACCUAGAUAUUCAUACAAAUAUUAUUACCGACAUAAAUCACAAAUCAUCAAGCAAUUAAUCAAGCCAUCAAUAUACAUAUGUAAAUGUGUCACAAUUAAAGCAUACAAUAUUUCAACCAGCAGGCUUAAGUAUACAAAAUAUAUAGAUACAUAAAUAUCUCACAAUCAAAUUAAAUAAAAUAUCAGCUGUCCUGCAAUGAAUUCAAAUUUCACUCAAGACUCAAGAAAUCUAAAAAAACUCAAGUUUGUUUUUUGAGGUAAGUAAAUUUUUUGUUUUUUUUUCAUAGAAAAUUAUUUAUGAGAAAGCUUUGGGGCUAAUAUUGUUUAGGAAUCGAAGAAUAAUUUAGAGUAAUCUAAUAAUCUUCCAAAAGUAUGGUUCGAGCUUUUGAAACUUUCAUUUGAGCAGCGCUGAAUUUGUAACCUUUUUAAAAUAUAAGCUAAGUAAUAAGAAGCUAAGUAAUAUCUCCUGAUAUAUGGAAUAUAACGAAAGCUUGUAGUCUCAAUAGGAAGAAGCAAAAUAGUGAACUUCCAGAGGUUGGAUCAUCUAUCAAAGCGCUUAAAAAGAACGUAUACCAUGUGUCCAAUAUAUGCACUUAAAUAUAUGUAUAUGAAGUUUAACUUUUGGUGAAAGCUUGCAGGCUCAGUAACAAACCGGCAAGCUUUGCUCAGCUUAAAGCAUAUAUGAAAACUCUGAAUACGAAAAGGGUAGACCAUAUACGAGUAUCUCUAGUUGUAAUGUACUUGAUUUCUAACAUUUUUCAUCAGAUAAUAUUUUUUUAAGCUUGCUAAUAUUUCAUUAUAUUUGGUAUCUGAUUUUGUUUAAAGAAAGUGGAAACUUUGUUGGGCGCGAGCACUUAAUUUAGAAUUAAGCGUUAUCCUUUAUUAACUUUCUUAAAGGUUUUUUUGCAUGAAGCUCUAAGGUUUGAUGAAAGCUCUAAAGCUUUUUUUGCGUAAAGUCAAAGAGACAGAUGAAAGCUAUAAACCUUUAAAGCUCAAAGCUUUGAAGAUUGAUGAAAGCUGUAACGCUUUGUGCUUAGAGCUUUAAAGUUUUUAAGCUUCCUGGAAUAUUUAUUUCAGUGCGUAAACGGCUUAAGAUAAGAAAAUUUUUGGUUUUAAGUGAAGUGAAUGAGUUUUCAAGUUGUGAAAUGAUACAACUCAAGUUCUACAACAAACGAAAUUUUAUACCUAAAUCAUGCACAGGAUAAGUACACUUGCAGGACAGUGAAUAUUAUUAAUAAUAUUUGUAAAAUAUAUACAAAUAACCAAUCAUAUCUCACCACUCACAUAAGCAUCAUUAUCGUUCGUGGCAAUCAGUAAUUCCACAGCUUUGCAAAUACUGUUUGAAUACUGUAAUCACCAAAUAAAUAUCAAUAGCCAUCUCAGAGCACACAUAUGUAUAACUGUACAUGCCAUUUCACAAACACACAAGCACAGUUUAACAGAAGUUAGAUGUUAUUGAUAGCCCUACAACCCGACUCAUCAAUCAACACACAAGUCAAAGUCAUUGAAAUAUCACAAACAAAUAAAAAAUGAAAACAAAAAUAAAA